CACACUCAGGGGGGUGGGACUUUUCCCUCACGAGACGUCUCCCGCUCCUCGCUGUUCUGUCAGAUCGCCGGGCGGACACCGGACUCCCCUCCCCCGUCACACACCGAGGACAGCAUGUCGGUGGCCGGGCUGAGGAAACAAUUCCACAAAGCCAGCCAGCUUUUAAGUGAAAAAAUCAGUGGAGCGGAAGGAACAAAACUUGACAAUGAUUUCCAAGAAAUGGAACGGAAAAUUGACAUCACCAAUAAAGCGGUUGCUGAGCUUCUUUCAAAAACCACAGACUAUCUCCAACCCAAUCCAGCGUAUCGAGCUAGAUUGGGAAUGUUAAAUACCAUGUCAAAAAUCAGAGGACAAGUUAAAACAACAGGAUACCCUCAGACCGAAGGUUUGCUUGGAGACUCCAUGCUACGAUAUGGCCGAGAACUAGGAGAAGAGUCAGAGUUUGGCAGUGCUUUGUUGGAUGUCGGGGAAUGUAUGAAGCAAAUGGGUGAGGUGAAGGAUUCUCUCGAUAUUAACGUCAAACAGAACUUUCUUGAUCCACUACAGUGCUUACAAGACAAAGACUUGAAGGAGAUUGUGUAUCACCUGAAAAAGCUAGAAGGCCGGCGUUUAGACUACGAUUAUAAAAAGAAGCGACAAGGAAAGAUUGGAGAUGAAGAAAUUCAACAAGCGGUGGAAAAAUUUGAAGAAUCUAAAGAACUUGCUGAAAGGAGCAUGUUCAAUUUUCUAGAAAAUGACAUUGAACAAGUUAGUCAGCUGGCUGUACUUGCAGAGGCCGCAUUAGAUUACCACAGACAGUCAGCCCAGAUCCUGGAGGACCUCCAUAGCAGGUUACACAACAGAAUGAAUUCUGCAUCAAGCCGACCCAAGAGAGAACAGCCAUCGAGAUCGAUCAUGUCAACAAUAGAGUCAAAUGAAAAGCUGCAACAUAAUGGAGUCUCCUGUAAUUCAUCCAUCAAAUUAUCAGGUUCUACCAUCCAUUUGGACCAGCCCUGUUGCAGAGCGAUAUAUGACUUUGACCCUGAAAAUGAAGGAGAACUUGGAUUUAAAGAAGGUGACAUCAUCACUUUAACCAACCAGAUUGAUGAGAAUUGGUAUGAAGGCAUGGUCAACGGGGAGUCGGGUUUUUUCCCAAUUAAUUAUGUUGAAGUUGUGGUUCCUCUUCCACAAUGAACUCUGGGACUUCAGAGAGACUGCUCUAUCCUGUUACAAUGGGACUGAGAACUUUUUGAAUGUGGCAUUCUGUGAACGCCUUGCUACUCGAUCAACUAAACUUUUGUGUGUCAUCUCUUUUAUAUGUAUUUAUUUUAUAUCAAUUUUUAUUUUUUAUGAAAACAUUGACACUGCUACCCACAGACCUACAAAAAGAAAGGUAUAUAAAUAUAUUUUAUUGUUGUCUCAUGUUUCAUACGUGACUUUUGCGGCUUGUCUGUGUCAACUAUUUUUAAAGAGUUUUCUUUUUAAUUCUCACUAAAAGUAUUUUAAUAAGUAUAUAGUCUGUUUACAGAGGUAACUAGUUUAUUUUCCUUUAAAAAAAGUCUUUAACUGUGAAUAUUCUAAUGUAUGUUGCACAAUAUUUGUUAAACUCAACAAUGUCGUGGUAAGUUGUGUAAUAUAAACACUUGUCUAUAUGACCAAAUAUAAUAAAUAUAUUGGAACGUA